AAUGCGACGUACAGUACUGCUGAAAAGCAUUGUCGCGCUGUGAGAGCGUUGUUUUUAUUUCAAUCUGGAUCUUGAGGAUUUUGUUAUUGCAGUUGUUGUUUUUCAAAGUUAUUUUACGUAUUAUCUUUCAUCUUAUCAUUGUUUUGUCGGUAAGAAGAUGCUUUUGAUGCCUUGGGUGCAUUAGCAAAAUCGAACAAUAACAAUACGAGGGCUUAAUCUACGAGUUUGGAAUUCCUCGAAGUAAAUACUGUAUUUGAACAGCCAUGCCAAUCUAGCGAUUAGUAGUGGAGAUAAAACUGCCGUUUCCGAACGCGUAUGUGUUUUCUGAGCUACUGUAGCCUACGUGAGAUAAUCAUGGGUUCAAACGUUCAUCUUCUAGUUCAAAUUGAUUGAUGAUUGGACUUUAGAAAAACUUACCAAGUUGUUUGCAGUGUUACAUCAACCUGUAUCAGCACUAUAUUCAGGGAAUUCAGCUGUAGGUGACCUUCCGUGAAACAUCCAAACAUGAAAGAACUUUCAAUGUCCUCAGUGAUUCCCUGGACCUCUUACAAUCUUCAUCAACAAACACCCUAUGCUUGAGAAGGCCAUGUUUCUGGAUAGAGGCAGCUUGUUUUUGGAAGUGCAGUUUUUACCACUUCCUCACAAUGUGAAUCAACUUCAAGUGUCCAGAAGCCAUGUGCAGUCCCAAACAUCAGCAUAAUUUUUUUUGUAAUUUAUACGUGUUGUGAGAUGCUGCAAACAGGCAACUAUUCGCUGGUGCUGCUGAUACAGCUCACACUUCUAGCUUUUGAUCUUUUCGUCAAUUCCUUCAGUGAACUCCUGAGAGGAGCUGCUUUCAUCCAGCUGGUGCUUUUCAUCAUCCAGGACAUCGCCAUCUUGUUCAACGUGAUCAUCAUCCUGCUGAUGAUGUUCAACACAUACGUGUUCCAGGUGGGCCUGGUCUCUCUGUUGCUGGAACGCUUUAGAGCGCUGCUGUUUUUCUCCGCUCUCUACUUGACCCUUAGCAUUUGCCUACACAGCUGGGUGAUGAAUCUAAGAUGGAAAGCACCUAAUCGCUUUGUUUGGACAGAUGGCCUUAUAACACUCUUUGUGUUCCAAAGGAUAGUGGCAGUGUUGUAUUACUACUUGUACAAGCGCACAACAGAGUACAUGGGGGACCCUCGGCUGUACACGGACUCUCUUUGGCUAAGAGAGGCCUUUGCCAGAGCUCGGCAGUAGACCACGAAAAGCCCGAUAGCAAGGAAUUUGAUUUGCCAUGAAGCACAUGGCAGCCGGCUGUUGGUGAAAAUUUAGUGCAUGGAACCGCUGCUGUUCUACAUUGAAGACGCAAAGUGGGUUUUCAACAUUGUUGCCUCAUUUAAAAUGUCAGAAAUAAAUGUAGGUGUAGUUUAUUCCUCAAAGAUGCAGAAAAAACAGCUAUUAUAAACUCUAAGCCCAUUUUACAAAAGAAAGCACACCAUGUUUACAGUUUCCAAGAAGGCAGUUGGUUAUAACUUUCCACUGGCAGGUAAGACAAGGGUGGCAUAUUGUAUUAAUCAGGAUUGAGCCUGGUAAUCUACUAUGUGGCCUUUGUAUUCAGAGUAUAAGAUUUCAAAUCAAAAUGAUGUAGCAAUACAUUUUUCCAUUUUAGACUGCUUCUAUGAUUUAUUCAUCACUUAUACACAUUAUCACUUGUCUCAAGUCCAAGUGGAUCUUUAGGCUUCAUGGAAGGCAGGUAUAUAUGUAUGUUUACUUGGUGCCAGUGCUAAUUUUAGAGUGAAUCCAUCUCUUGAUUUGUGUUCGUUUUUCUCUUUUUUAUUAAAUAAUCCUUCUCUAAUCCUGUGUGUAAUCCAUCACUGCGUAUAAUCUUGGAGACAAGGUGAAACAGACGGCUCUAUUUUUAACGCAAAGAUUAAUCAGGAUUUAGGUGCCACAAGUCCAACAAGCCAUAAAUAGAUGUCCGAGUGUCACAAAAACACCUCUUGUUGCAGGUCAAGUUGUUGUUUUUUUUUUCAUUUUCAUGGCUUUAUCUUCUAACUGGACUGGUGUCGCAAACCUGUUGUGAAUAGAGCAAUGCUAGUGUUGGUUAACACUCCGCAAAAACUAAUGGCAGAAGAUGUAUAAAUCCCACAUUUAUUUGAAAACAAUUUAAAUUGUCAGUGCAGUUCAAUCCAACUGAAAAAUCCACUUCCUGGGUUUGUGUUGUUAUCAGUCUCACUGGAAUUAGUCCUCAAAUUUUAAUCAGGCACCUGAAAUGACAGCAGAGCCGAUUUAGCAGCUACCAAAACAAGAACUUCACAAGAAACAAGUUUCCAUGCGAUCUUCUACCUUCAUACGUAGAUGCCAACCCAGAGUAGCAAGAAGAGCACACCGAAGCCCAUAAAAAGUGAAGCCACCAAAGAGAUGAGCAGCUCCUUGUAGAUGUCUCUGGUGUAUUUGGUUGAAGUAACCUCAUAG